AUGACCAAAAAAACCUCGUCCUCACAGAAAUUUCCGAAGAAACGGUGAGAUUAUUUUCUUCCUUCCGGUAAAAUUCAAUUUCGAAUUCUGCGGAGUGCAUUGAAGGCUUCAGGGUUCUGAGUUGACUUGGAAUUGGAAAUGGAACCGCAAGAAGAGGUGAUGGCUGAUGGCUCUGACUCAGUCCCUGGAGGAUCCAGACGACCCAGGCUCUUCAUCAAAGAAAUGGUUAUGAAAAACUUCAAAUCUUAUGCCGGCGAGCAACGAGUUGGCCCGUUCCACAAGAGCUUUUCGGCUGUGGUUGGACCCAAUGGGAGUGGAAAAAGCAAUGUGAUCGAUGCCAUGCUAUUCGUGUUCGGUAAGCGAGCCAAGCAGAUGCGACUGAAUAAAGUUUCGGAGCUUAUCCACAAUUCUACAAAUUACCAGAACCUGGAUAGCGCAGGGGUUUCUGUUCAUUUUCAAGAAAUCGUUGAUUUGGAUGGGGAAACAUAUGAGGCUGUUAAAGGAAGUGAUUUUACAAUCACUAGGGUGGCUUUCCGCGAUAACUCAUCAAAAUAUUACAUUAAUGAUCGCGUCAGUAAUUUCACUGAAGUUACCAAGAAACUCAAGGGCAAAGGUGUUGACCUUGACAAUAACAGGUUUUUGAUCCUCCAGGGUGAAGUUGAGCAAAUUUCACUUAUGAAACCAAAAGCUCAAGGACCGCAUGAUGAGGGAUUUCUAGAAUAUCUUGAAGACAUCAUCGGAACCAACAAAUAUGUUGAGAUGAUUGAUGAAUCAUAUAAACAGUUAGAGCUUCUAAAUGAAAGAAGAUCAGGAGUGGUACAAAUGGUUAAGCUAGCUGAGAAAGAAAGAGAUAGCUUGGAGGAUGUGAAGAAUGAAGCAGAAGCAUACAUGCUGAAAGAGUUGUCUCUUCUAAAAUGGCAAGAGAAGGCCACACAGUUGGCUUAUGAAGAUAGCUCUGGAAAAAUAGAGGGGCUACAAGGAAAUAUUUCUAGCCUUGAAGAAAAUCUCAAGAAUGAAAGGGGCAAAAUUCAAGAAAGUAAGCAAACUUUGAAAGAGCUUGAAGAUAAGCACAACAACUAUAUGAAACGACAAGAGGAGCUGGAUAAUGAUAUGAGGAAGUGUAAGGAAGAGUUCAAGGAGUUUGAGAGACAGGAUGUUAAGUAUCGGGAAGAUUUUAAGCACUUGAAUCAAAAGAUCAAGAAACUGGCUGAUAAAGUUGAAAAGGAUUCAUCAAAAAUUGAAGGCCUAGUGAAGGAGUGUGACGAAUCAACUAAUUUGAUACCAAAACUUGAGGAUGCUAUUCCAGGGCUGCAAAAAUUAUUACUGGAUGAGGAGAAGGUUUUAGAGGAAAUCAAAGAAAGUUCCAAAGCUGAAACUGAGAGAUAUCGCUUGGAGCUUGCCAAAAUUCGUGCUGAGCUAGAACCUUGGGAGAAAGAUUUGAUAGAGCACAAAGGGAAACUAGAAGUUGCAUGUACAGAGAGCAAGCUUUUGAACGAAAAGCAUCAAGCUGCCCGUGGUGCUUUUGAAGAUGCUAAAAACCAGAUGCAAAGUAUAUUGGAAACAAUUAAAAUAAAAAGUGGGAGUAUUGCUCAAAUACAGAGUGAUAUAAAAAAGAACAAGCGUGAAGCAUCAGAAGCACGUCAAGAAGAACAAAAAUGCAUCAAAGAACAAGAUGCACUGAUUCCUCUCGAACAAGCUGCUAGACAAAAGGUUGCGGAACUAAAGUCUAUUAUGGAUUCUGAGAAGAGUCAGGGAUCAGUUUUAAAAGCAAUCUUGAAAGCAAAGGAGACCAAACAAAUAGAAGGAAUUUAUGGCCGCAUGGGUGAUUUAGGUGCUAUUGAUGCGAAAUAUGAUGUUGCUAUAUCAACAGCAUGUCCUGGACUUGAUUAUAUCGUGGUAGAAACGACCAAUGCAGCACAAGCAUGUGUUGAGCUACUUCGAAGAGAGAAUCUUGGCGUUGCAACUUUCAUGAUAUUGGAGAAGCAAGUUGAUCUUCUUCCAAAGCUGAAACAGAAUGUAAGCACCCCAGAAGGAGUUCCACGCCUUUACGAUUUAGUGAAAGUUCAAGAUGAGAGAAUGAAACUUGCUUUCUUUGCAGCACUAGGCAACACAGUUGUAGCUAAUGAUCUCGACCAGGCAGCACGUAUUGCAUAUGGCAGAAACAAUGAUUUUCGCCGAGUUGUUACUCUAGAUGGUGCACUUUUUGAAAAAUCUGGAACAAUGAGUGGUGGAGGUAGUAAGCCACGCGGUGGUAAAAUGGGGACAUCAAUUCGAGCCAGCAGUGUGUCUGUAGAAGCUGUUUUAAAUGCUGAGAAGGAAUUGUCUGAGAUGGUCGAUUCAUUAAAUACCAUUCGCCAAAGGAUCCUUGAUGCAGGGCGGCGAUACCAGGCCUCAGAGAAAGCUGUUACAGCCUUGGAAAUGGAAUUGGCUAAAGCACAGAAGGAGGUUGACAGUUUAAAUUCACAACAUAGUUAUAUUGAAAAACAACUUGCUUCUCUUGAGGCUAGCUCACAGCCAAAGAAGGAUGAGCUUGACAGAUUGGAACAGCUGAAGAAGAUUAUUUCUACUGAGGAAUUGGAAAUUAGUAAGCUUACCGAUGGGUCUAAACAGCUGAAGGAAGAGGCUUUGAAGCUUCAGAGAAAUAUUGAAAAUGCUGGGGGUGAAAGAUUGAAAUUACAGAAGUCAAAGGUCGAGAAAAUUCAAUCAGAUAUUGAUAAGAGUAAUUCAGAGAUUAACCGGCACAAAGUCCAAAUAGAGACAGGACAAAAAAUGAUUAAAAAGUUGACUAAAGGAAUUGAGGAAUCUAAAAAGGAGAAAGAACGGCUAGGUGAGGAGAAGGAGAAAUCAAAAGCUACCUUCAAAGAAAUAGAACAGAAAGCAUUUGUGGUGCAAGAAAAUUUCAAGAGAACACAAGAGAUGUUGGAAAAGCAUAGUGAAGUCUUGGAUGAAGCAAAGUCUGAGUAUGAUAAGGUGAAGAAAACAGUAGAAGAAUUGCGUGCUUCUGAGGUUGAUGCUGAUUUUAAAUUAAAAGAGAUGAAGAGAGAAUACAAGGAAUUGGAAAUGAAGGGGAAGGGUUACAAGAAAAGACUUGAUGAAUUGCAAACAGCUCUUAAAAAGCAUCUGGAACAAAUUCAGGUUGAUUUGGUGGAUCAUGAGAAGGUCCAGGCUACAAUGACUGAAAAUAAUAUUAAUGAAGCUUGUGAUCUGAAAAGGGCCCUUGAAAUGGUUGCUUUGCUGGAAGCACAGAUGAAGGAGAUGAAUCCAAAUCUUGAUUCAAUUUCAGAAUAUCGUAAAAAGGUAUUGCUGUACAAUGACCGGGUUGAGGAACUUAACAAAGUCACUCAUGAGCGUGAUGAUAUUAAGAAACAGUAUGAUGAAUGGAGGAAGAGAAGAUUGGAUGAAUUUAUGGCAGGAUUUAAUGCCAUAUCUUUAAAGUUGAAAGAAAUGUAUCAGAUGAUCACACUUGGAGGUGAUGCAGAGCUUGAACUUGUGGAUUCUUUGGAUCCUUUCUCUGAAGGCGUUGUGUUCAGUGUUAGACCGCCAAAGAAAAGCUGGAAGAAUAUUGCGAAUUUAUCAGGUGGUGAAAAGACUCUUAGCUCAUUGGCGCUUGUUUUUGCUCUUCAUCAUUAUAAGCCUACCCCACUUUAUGUAAUGGAUGAAAUCGAUGCUGCUCUGGACUUCAAGAAUGUAUCUAUUGUGGGGCAUUAUGUAAAGGAUAGGACUAAGGAUGCCCAGUUCAUUAUCAUAAGUCUCAGGAACAAUAUGUUUGAGCUGGCAGAUCGACUAGUUGGGAUUUAUAAAACUGAUAAUUGCACCAAGAGCAUUACUAUCAAUCCAGGAAGUUUUGUGGUAUGUCAAAAAGCUGCUUGAUGGAUUUGUCACUAAUGAUGUUGGAUAGGAGAUGCUUCAUUAUACUGUCUCAUGUACUAGUUUUGCAUAAUAUUGCAUUAUUGUUGUUUAUUUAUAAGUGCUCUCCUUGCUGUAACAUAUUACUGCUGUAUCUGACUUUUUCCCAUAGUAUGAACCUAUGGGAACAUAAAUGAAAGAUUGCUUCAUCUGAUUUGUAAA